AUGAGCACGAACGAGAAUGAUUCCGGUAUAGACCAAGAUUACGACUACAUUUUUGGACCGUUUCAAAAUGCAGCGGCGCAUUAUUCUUCCGAUUCAUGGCGAGGUUCUUCGCCCGAUUUGCCUCAAGGCGAUAAAAACGACGAGGUAGCACCUGAGCAUGCUCAAGCUGCAGUGGAGGAAGGAGGAAAAGAAUACCAAGAGCAAGAAAAAGAAGACCACCAAGUAGGGGAAGAAGAAGAAGAAGAAGAAGAAUCAGUAGAAGGGGAAGAAUGGAUAGACGAAAGUUCAGAAGAUGAGGCAGGAAGGGAGCGAUACUACCAGGGAAGCAGACAAGCAAUACUUUCUAAAUCGGUCCUACGGCAGAACCAAAGGCAAUGCCUGACUAAGGAAUGUGUGAAAGCAUAUCAGACCUUACUCAAUGACAUGCACGUUGACGCCGACUACGAGCCUAACACGCCGGAAGAGGAAUUGUCUCUCGUUACUACAAAGGUUGGCUUGACUCAGUGGACGAAAAGAGAAGAGGACAAUUUCUUCAUAGCUUUAGCGCGCAAGGGAAAGAACAGCGUCGAAAAAAUCACACAACACGUUCAGUCAAAGUCCCAGUUAGAAGUGCAGGAGUAUAUUAGCCUUCUGCAGAACGCUGUGCAAGAAACUGGUGAAGAAAACCAAGACGAGCUUAUUAGGUCAUUCGACAUACCAGCCGCUGUAGAGAUUAGUGAAGAAACCGACGAGGUUCUUGACCAUCUUGCAGAACAUGUUUCGAUUCUGGACCAACGUACGAAGUCGAUUGAGGGCAGAGAAAAGCACGGGCGUGACACUUGGCUCAUCGACUCAAAGACGGCUUCAAGGAUCGACGAUGGUGACGAACCAGACAAACCUGAUGCUUUGAAACCUGGAAUAUCGUCCGUCGCCGAACUCUUCGAUUUGACGGAAUGGGUUCGGCUAUCUAGGAAAAUAUUCAUGAAUUCCGGCACAUCUCGGUUCGAGGACAACUGGAGGAACCUCGCCUUCAAAGACGAGAGCCCAUCUCUUACAGCAGACGCUUUUACGGAUCUUCACGAUCAUGCGAUGAGCAUCACUCGGCACCUAGUUGAAAUUUCCCUCUUAUUUGCACAAGAUCGAUUGGCAAGGGUUUUGCACGUUGAACACGAACGACAAGUCAAAAAAAGCGACGUUUUGAAAGCCCUGAGUGCUCUAAACAUGAAGCCUAAUGCAUUUCACCAUUUUAUCGGCGUUGCACGGCGACUGCAACUUGACGUCGCAGAUAUCUCAAACAAGAGAGGCAGGAAUAAUCGCUACCUCUCAUACGACGAGGUCGAAAAGGUCCUAUCUAGGAAGCGUCGACAUGGUUCUGCGCGGUCGAGAAGGGGCUCUGUUUCUCGGGGACGGACCAGCGGAAAAUCGGAAAGGAAUUUUGACGAAGACGACGACCUUUACUUGUCUCCACAUCUUAGUGAAAGUGAAAUGGCAGAAGGGGAAGGCUCGGAUGAGGAAGUGCUCUCCGUCUUGGACGAUGAUGACCAAUUUCAUUCCUCCAUCGAAGACAUCAACCAAUCGAGGAUUCAUGCAGCGGAACAUGAAGCCAGCGAUGACGACCACUGCAGAACCGAAGCCGAAGCCGAAACCGAAAUCGAACGGCACAUUGACGAAUACACCGAAUUCAUCGACCAAGAAGCCAGCAAGGACGACGAACUAGCUCUUCGUCAGCUACUUCAGUGUCCCGAGAUAGAUGACCUUCCACCGAUUGUCAAAGCGGAACAAGAUGAAGCCCCUCCGAUGCCAGAAGUUGAGUCCAAGAAAAGGCACAAUGACGACGUGGAUUGGAAGGAUGGACUCGUUUAUCAGGCUGAAUGGGAGGCUUUUGGGCCGAAUUUGCAGCAGGUUGAUGAGGCUAUUGCGAAAAACCACAAGAAAAGACGUCUUGAGUAA